UAACAGCUGUUAUGUCAAAAGUUUUGUUUGGGUGUUCUAUAAUCAGUUUAUAAAGGAAAAGUGAUGAAAUUUAUAUUUGACUAAAAUAACGAUGGAAUGUUAAUGGAGUAUUGCGCAUCUUUUAGAUUUUAUAAAAUUUAAGUAUUUAGAAAUGCAGUGAAAAACAAUGAGAAUUUCAAAAUCAACAUUAAUUUUAAUUGUCUCAAUGAUCAUAUUAUCAAUCAUUUUUGCUAGUGUUAUAAAUAUUAUCAGUACAGAAAAAUCAGAUGUUAGAUUACACACUCAGGAUAUACCUUUCACAAUUGGAGAAUCUGAUGACCAUUUGAUCUGGUUUCUACAGAUUUCAGAUAUUCAUAUAAGCAUAUUCCAAGACCCUUUGAGAAUUACCGAGUUUAAGGAAUUUUGCCAUUACACAGUGAAUGCUAUAAAACCUAGUGUUGUUCUAGCUUCUGGUGACUUAACUGAUGCUAAAACUAGUGAUAGUAUAGGUUCACAACAGUUUGAGAAUGAAUGGAAGCGUUAUUGGAACACAUUAGCUGAAACAGAAGUUUCUAAAAGGACAAUGUGGUUAGAUGUUAGAGGAAAUCAUGAAAUUUUAAAUGUUACUGGUAGUGGAUCCAAACCGAGUACUUGGCCUAUUUUUAGUUCGUAUAUACUGCUAAAACUUNGUUCAUACAUGUACCAAAUAGGAAAAGGAAAAGAUUUGUAUUCUUUCAUGGCUAUAGACGCUUGUCUGGAACCCGGUCCAAGAAGACCAUUUAAUUUCGUCGGAAUUUUAAGCAAAGAUGAAACUGACAAUAUAAAAAAUUUAGUAAAAAGAAUUGAAGAAACCAAUUCUAAUUAUACAAUUUGGUUUGGACAUUUUCCUACUUCUUGUAUGCUUGCACCUACUAGCGGAGGUUCUAGGCAUCUAAUUGGAUCUCAAAAACAGGCUUUAGUUUACCUGUGUGGCCAUUUACAUCAAUUGGGAGGAUUGGUACCGAAAAUGUACACUCUACAAAAAGAAGGAUUUUUAGAACUUGAAUUAGGAGAUUGGAAAGAUAAUCGAAUGUAUCGUUUAGCAGCUAUUGACCAUGGAAUAUUCUCAUUUGUAGAUGUGAAGCAUAGACAGUGGCCUAUAGCUUUAAUUACAAACCCAAAACAUGCAUUAUUUGUGAUCCCAGAAAGGGAAAACGUUUUUUUAAUGAAGAAAUCUACACAUAUUAGGGUAUUAGCGUUUUCUUUGUCUGACAUAACGUCAGUUAAAGUAAAGAUUGACAACGAUAAUUGGAAAAGUUGUAACCAUAAAACAGGACCUUUAUAUGUAACUGAGUGGAAUCCUAGCUUAUAUAAUCAGGGUAUUCACUACAUAGAGGUAUUUGUUCAAGAUUCUAUGGGACGCGAACAGAUAUAUUCUCAACCAUUUUCUUUAGAUGGGAGCCGACUGUCCUUUCAAAUUCUCCCUAGAAUUGCUUUAAUGACUAGCGCAAGCAUGGUGUUUAAAAUCUCUUUUGUGAUUUUCCUUGGAUUUGUAACACUUCCCCUAAUUGUGAUGAGGUAUAUGAACCGACUAGUAUUAGCUGGAAAAAUGAGUAAACCUAUAAUAAGACGUGGCUGUCUGCAAAUAUGGAUUAGAAAAUUGUGGAUAUUGUCCACAGUUGACCGAUUAUUUUAUCCUCUUAUUUGCUAUUGCAUUUAUCUGCCAGUUGGUCCGUGGUCAGUUGGGUAUCUAGUCGAAGAUCAUUUAGGGGCCAUAUUUGCAUGGGGAAUUUUAGUGAAUGGUAACUUCUUACCAGGAUCGUUUACUUAUGCAUAUGGUUUUGUUCAGCUAGCUACAUUCCAGUUUCCACUAAUACUUAUAUUAGCCAAUGGUGUUGAUAACAGGUUGCGCAAUUUAAUAUUAAGGCCUGGAAAAACCAAAACAAUCUGGGAUUUGAUAGGGUUGCAUUUGCCCUUUGUUAUGCUAUUGAGCAUUCAACUUCUGAUGGCGUAUUUCUUUCUAUUAGCCUAUGGUUACUUGGCAUUCUUUUUGGGACCAUUGAGAACAUGGUCAAUAGUGUUAGCGCUGGUUUUGUGGUGCCAGACUUUACAACUACCAGAAAAGUGCACAAGGGAUGCAGCUAACGUGUGGUUUACUACAGCCGAAUCUGAGUUGAGUCAAACAAGCUUAAACGAUUAUACCGAACCAGCUUCUUAAACGGUAGAAUCUAUACAUAUUUUUUAGUAAAAUGUAGAUUUGUAUUAUUUCUCUUGUAUAAUAUUUUUAUUGUUUUAUUGUU